UCAAGUCAAGAGUAAAAGGCAUUUUCUAUACGAAGGCGCUCCAUUUUAGACUCCAUCAUCUUUUACUAACAUGUCUGAAAUCAGGCAAUAGCUAGUCUAUAAAUUAAAAAAAGAAUGCUAAAGUGAAGUUAAAAAGUAUAAUGUCCCUUCCGCAAUACCUAAAACUAUUAUAGAUACAAGACUUUACGUCUAUUAGCUCAUGAUAAAAUUGUCGCAACUUAUCAAGGUUGAUUUAAGAUAAAAUUAGUUAAAACAAAUUGUGAUCUUCAUGAUGAAAACGAAUUCAGUAGCUCUGAUGUGGGCCUAGCUAUGAACCCUCUUAAAUUGAGGUUGAUUAAUAUUUUUCUUGUGUUUUUGGUACAAUGAAAAUGAGUGAAGUGAAUGCACAGAUGCCGGCAGAACGUGACAACGAUGAGCCUGCCAACGCUCCCACUGCAAUGCAGGAAGUCAAUCUGGCGCUAAAGGAAUGCGGCUUGGGCCUCUUCCACAUACGACUGAUGUGCACAUCCUUUUUCGGUGUCGCAGCCGGAGUCGCCGUGUUGAACAGCACACCUUACAUAUUGCCUAUAGCGGAGUGCGACCUUAAUAUGAGUUUACUACAGAAAGGAGUUUUGAAUGCUAUGCCUUUUGUUGGUAUGGUAUUAAUAUCGGUGGUAGCAGGUUUUUUAACUGACAUAUUCGGUCGUAAAUUUUUUAUAUUGAGUGGAUUUAGUGGCCUCUUCAUAUUUACGGUUAUAAGUGGAACCAGCCAAACUUAUUUAGUGCUAGCCAUUUGCAAAUUUUUCGAAGGAUUAUUAUCAGCCACCUCGUUCUCAGCUUUGAUAACACUGACGUCAGAGUUUUGUCAUAGUGACAUCAGAGAUCGAGUAAUGCUGUUACAGUCUUCAUUCACCGCAAUCUCUCAAAUUGCUAUUGCUCUCAUGUCAUGGGCUAUAUUGCCUCAACAUUGGGAAUAUACUCUGUUCAAUGGAGCUAUUGUUUUGCACACAUGGAAUUUUUACCUAUUCAUCAUGUCGUUAUGGUCACUAACGGCCACUCUGCUUUUCGCAUUCCUACCCGAAAGUCCCAAGUACUACAUAACGCAGAAACGAUACGAGGAAGCGAGGGAUAUACUCAUUAAAAUUUAUAAGCAGAAUACACGGAAACCGGCUGAUACUUUUGCCUAUAAAAAUAUUUGGAAAGCGAAGACUAAACAAGAUAUAGAAGAGUCUUCAGGGCCCGUUUCAAGGAAAAAUCUUGGGCCCAUGCUGUCGGCUGGUCUACACAAUGUUAAAGCUAUGUUGCAUAAACCUCGGGGACUGUAUCUGUUACUUUUUUGCACUCUCAACUUCUUUUCAAUGCUUUUAUACAAUGUAAUAAGGAUGUGGUUCCCUCAGCUGUCGACGAUUGUAGAACAUUACAGUAGUACAGACAGUCAAGAUCUGUGUGUCAUGUUAGAUGCCUAUACGCAUGACUUGAGUGUAAUGAGCUCAAAUGUUACAGUGGACGAAGUUUGCAUACCAGUGGUUAGUGGAACAGAGACUUAUAUAAACACCGUGAUCCUUGGCUGCGUAUGUAUAGUACCGUACAUCGUCACAGGCGUGCUAGUGAACAAAGUUGGGAAGAAAAACCUGUACAUAGCGUGUUGUCUCAUCUCUGUGGGUGCUACGUUGGGGCUUAGAUGGGCGAGUUCCAAGAUUGGCUUUGUCGCUCUAUUCUCGUUCGACGUUUCAAUCUCGCAGACGAUGAAGAGUCUCAAUCAAGCUCUUGUUGUGGAGCUUUUUCCGACCACUAUAAGAUCUCUUUCACUUGCUAUGAUAAUGACGAUUGGUCGAAUUGGAAGUGUAGUUGGAAAUGUCUUGUUUCCUAUACUACUGGACAUGGGCUGUGCUGUACCAUUCUUCACUUUAGCUGGGACUAUGAUAGGUACCACGUUAUUGACACUACUGAUACCAGUGAAGAAAAAGUGAUUUACCUACUAUAAAUUUUCUAUUUAACGUAAAUUUUUAAUAAAAGUUUAUUUUCUA